AUGCAGAGCUUCCUGAAGUUGCUAAGGGAGAGUGGAGGUGCCAGCCCACCCUUGGAGGAGCUAGUGAGCCUGGCUGGCAGGCUGUGCCGGGACCUCCAGGAUGACCUCACCCAGGUGCAGCCCUUGGUCACAGCUGUGCUGGAGAGCCAGCUCCGCCUGUACCUCCUGGACAACAAGGACGUGGCCCUGGUGUGUGCCCGUAUGCUGGCCCAACAGGAGGAGCACCAGGCCGCCUGCCGGCUGUUGGAGGGAUGCCGGGUGCCAGGAGGCAGCCAGGAGCUAGUGCAGCUCUGGAAUGACAUUCACUACCAUUUGGUUAUGAAGAGGCUGGGUGUGGCCACGCUGACCCCCGUGCAAAAGUUCCGCUGCAGGAAGAGGAACCCGCCGCCCGCCUCCCUCUGCCCUGACGGCCUGAAGAGCCGCAUCUUCCCCAGAGACGUUCGCCAGAAGCUGCAUGACUUCGCCUCGGGUGUGGGCAGCAACCCCAGCAAGGCUGAGCGGCUGAGUUUCGUGGCGGCUCCGGAGCAGGGAAGGGUGCGGGUCCGAGGGAGCGCAGUGGCUGGUUCCGGACACCGAGGCUCCAGCCCCGCAGGUGCUGCCGAGCCCUCCGGACCAAAGAUGGGUCAAGGGACAGAAAAUAUUGGGAUGGCUCAGUGGUUGCACCCUUUUCCAGCAGCGGGGCUCCUGUUAAGCUGCUGGGAUGGAGGCUGGAACUUAAGUUUCAUCCAGCCUCCCCUCCCAUCUGAUCGGCUUUCAACAGGAGGUGAGGAAAAUGGGCCUGCACCGUCCCUAGUGACCACCCAAGGGCUGUGGCAGCCUCUGGCCCUGGCCUCGGACUUUUCUGGAGACGAGACAAUGCCCAAAUCACUCAUUCCCAGGUCUCUGCAGGGUAGUGAGAUAUAUCUGGAGGGGCCUGGCCACGAUUCUGCCACACUCCCCGCCGUCUACCCUGACCCUGGCCUUGGCGCACCGGCUGCCUACAGCAACAUGCUGGAUCCCUCUUCAGAUGCCCCCAAGCCAUGGCUGAUGUCCCUUGCACUGGCGUCCUCCAGGGACGUUUCCUUUCAGACUGGACAGCUGGUCCACAGUCAUGGGCUGGACUUCACGAUUCCCCCUGCAGACACUUCUAUGGUUGUGUCCAUUGCCACCCUCACCGAGCCUAGCCCCACAGGAUUCGCGGACCCACCCAGCAGCAGCCCCCAGAGCUCAUACCAGGAGGAGAGUCCGGGCACUGGUGUUAGCCAGGCAGGCAGACAGGUGGGCAGCUUCCUGGUGACACAGCCCCCACUGCAGGCUCCAGAAUUUGCCUUCCAUCAGAGCCUCCCAGAGCUGGCACCUGCCUCAUCUACCUUUUCCAGCCCUGUGCCUGCUGUGGAACUGAGCGAGUCCCUGCCAUCCAGCCAGAUGCAGUGGCCCGACAGCCAGGCCUCCAGCGAUGCCUUCUGGGGGGCCAGGAUGCUCCUUGAGCUUUCAGGGGGAAGCCUGGGCUGAGCCACCUCUCAGAGCCAGGCCAGUGUCCUGGGGAAGCAGGUGUGGCCAUUCGUCCAUUCAACACAAGUUACAGAGUUUUAUCCUGAUGAAAACAGGAGAUUUCCUGAGUUCCCUGGGGGAUUCUGCUGAGAGGAACUGUGGGCUCCUAGGCCCAUGCCAUGUUUGGAUAGUUUGGUUGGCAGCUCCUGAUGUUGGAGGAAGCAGUUGAGAAAUGUUCAUGAGGUCAGAAGUCAAAGGUGGGGUGUGUCCCACUCAGGGAGCAGCAUGUAGUAGGAUCCAGCUCCUGAGCAGGUUGUGGGCAGGGAAGUUUCUAGGGGCACGAGACUCUCCCUGCUGGCCACCCUCCCACCUGUCCUGUGAUGGGCCAGACUUCCACCCAGCUAACUUGAUGAGUGAGGUGUGGGAGUGUCCUGACGCUUCCAUGUCUGUGGGGCUUCUAGUGAGAGGCUGCAGAAUGGCCCAGCAGGGUGGGGUGGGUGCUUUUCACUCUAAGGUUGUAAUUCAUUAUGUUUGCAAAACAAAUGUUCUAUUCAACUAAAGUUUACUGUUCUGAAUGCCUUGUUUUUGUUCACUUAACUAUAUCCUGGACACUGUCCCUGUCACUCCCUGGCUGUCAGUCCCCAGUGGCACAGCGGCACAGCCUGUUCACGGACAUUUGCGUUGUUUCUCAAGUCUCCCUUUUAUAAGCAGUAUCAUGGUGGGUGGACAUCUCUACCCUCUGCCCUUUACCUGACUAUUACAUUGCAGGAACAAGGAACCACCCCAGUGGUAGAAGCGGCCACAGGGCGCCAGGGCCAAGUGUGGUGAAUCUCCUGGUGCGUGUGACCCCCUUUUGUACAGGUGACUGACAGAGGAUUGUCACCUUCAGGAAUAGGCCCAAGAUA